ACACACCGAAGUACUGUAGCUGGUUGUUGCCUUAGCGUCUCACUUUAUUUCACAUUGAAUUAACUAAUUGUAGGCUACUUUAAAAACAUGAAAGCCAUCAGUCCUAUGAGAUCUGUCAGAAGCUGCUACGAAGCUGUCCGCUGCAUUUCGGAUCAGAGUCUCUCCAUCACCCGGAAUAAGCCAUCUAUGGAGGAAUCCGUGGGCGCGCUGUGCGAUAUGAAUGACUGCUACUCCAAACUGAAGGAGCUGGUACCGAGCAUCCCACAGAACAAGUCCGUCAGCCAAGUGGAAAUUCUGCAACACGUUAUCGACUACAUAUUCGACCUACAAAUCGCGUUGGAAGACGAGUCUUCAGCGACAACCACGCCUGAUUUGGUGCUGUCACUAAAGAAUGCAGACCUUGCACGCAAUUUCUCCCAAGAAGAUGGACGGUUGUGCCGUUAAAGAGGAGGAAUAGGCCUAUAACGUCCAUAAAUGGUGCAGAGAAACACAUCUCCACUUCCCUCUGGGCAAGAGGACAAUAGGGCCAGAAAGAAGGUCUGGGACGGGUAUUUAGAGUGGGAGAGAAGAGGACUCUUUAGUUCUCAGAUCUGGGCAAGAGGACAAGAGGGCAAGAAAGAAGGUCUGGGACAGGUAUUUAGAGUGGGAGAGAAGAGGACUCUUUAGUUCUCAGAUCUGGGCAAGAGGACAAGAGGGCAAGAAAGAAGGUCUGGGACAGGUAUUUAGAGUGGGAGAGAAGAGGACUCUUUAGUUCUCAGAUGGAUGGAUGGAUGGAUCGUCCUCUUGUUUUCUGUCCUCUUGUCACCAGAAGUGACAUAAACAACACACCAAAGCAGAAAAAGAUUUGAAUUGACUCUGUUUCUGUCUCUGUCCCUCUCCCUGUCUCUCUCUCUCUACUUGUUCCUCUCAGUUGUGGUUUUGUAUCCCUCUGAAUGUAUCGAUACAUCAAUCUUAGUUGAUUUAUCUUUUUGUGUUACAUUCCAAACCAAACAUUUUUGGAUUGACCUUCCAAUAUUUUGUUACAACCCAACCCCCCCCCCCCCCCCAUCCUUCCUCCCUUCCCUCCUCUCCUAGCCAGUCCUAAUACUCUAUCACUUAAUUCUCUCUUCAUAUCCUCUGUUAUCUUAUAAUUUUAAGGUUUUCAGAACUUGGUCAAAUUGUGUAAAGAUCUAAUUUGGUCACUGUGAACUCUGAAGGAGAUGGGUUAAAUGAGUUUGGUCUUGUGCGGGGGUCCUUGGAUAUAAUCACAACUCUGUAAUAGAGUUGAUUGUAAAUGUUUGUAGGGAUUGUUUAUUUCUACGGACAAUGUCAAAUAAUUGCUGAGUUUUAUAAACUUUUUUCUUUUUAAAAAUCAAAGUCUGGGUUGUAUGUACGUUCUUAUGUAAUAAAAUGACGAAAUGUU